AUGGGCACAACAGGAGAAGCGACAGUAGCCACACGGCAUAAGAAACACGACGCAACAUCCGUUCUGUCCACGGACUCUCUCUUCGCUUUAAGGAUAAACAAAGAAGAAGGCUUAAUAAACAAUAACGCAAAUGACAGCAACGUCACCAUAUCCACAGUGGUUUUUAACAUGGCAGAUGACAGGAUGUACAUCAGUGAAGAGCAUUUUGAUAAUGUGAGGACGUUACAGAAUAUUCUGCUAGAUUGCUUCAAGUCUACAGAAAAAAAAGUCUUCCUGGAGGAAAUAGGCAUAUAUAAUGUGAAAUCGCUGUUUUAUGAAAAUUUUAAAAAUGAAGUGUAUGAACACAUCAGGUUAUUUUUUAAAUUCAUAAAAGAAAAUUUUUCAUACUUCACAAAACGGUUACAUGAACAAAAACAAAGAAAUAAUUUAAGUGAAGACCAAUAUCUGUCUAAUGAAAAACUACAAGAUCUAUUAGAAGAUGUAAUCAGCUAUGACAUUGAAAAAAAUGCACCUUAUUUUGAAAAGCUAGUUCAUUUUUCAACUCUACGAAAAUGCUUUCCAAUUGAUUUGUCUGCUAACCUAGACAGCUCAUUAAAACGCAUUAUCCUUAUCACAGAAAUUGAUUCAAAAAAAAAACAUGUCCACUUCAAAAUUACUAGUAACCUCUCCGCGGUAGAGCAGCAAAGAAUAAAUAAUACAAAAGGGAUUGGUCCAACAACAAAGGAUAAAUUGCCUCCCCUAAGAACUAUUAUAAACCCAACAAAGACAAGCAACCUACCUAUGAAAAUGAAUAAAAACACCAACGUGCCACUUAGCCACUACAGAAAUUUAUGCACUAAAAAUAAUUUUCAAGUAGCUUCAAGGAAUUGGGUACAGUUCUUCCACAACCAUAAUGAAACCUUAUGUCAUGUGGAAACUUGUGGAUCGGGCGACUGCCUCUUCUUAUCCUUACAAUACCUGUUAGACAAAAAUGGAGUUCGAACUACUAACGUCCACCCUAAUCCAGCUGUCCCGGAAAGCUUCUUCCUUCCUUGGUAUAUACAUAAUGUAAAACAAACAGAUGAUACAAAGUUUAAUGUUAAUGAUUUGAGGUACCUCAGUACUUUUUAUUUUAUUAAAUUCUUCCCUGGUUAUACACAGGACUACGAAAUAGAUGAACAAUUCAUAAAUGAAAAAUUCGAUCUCCUUAUCAACCUCGAAUUUACUAAUUAUUAUAUGAAGAAGGAUUAUUUGGGUAGAGUAAUGAAGGGGAGUACGGAUGAUUCGAAGAACAAGUCUGUCCUCACGCUCAUCUCCAAUUACAUGAACAAGUACCUCUCCUUCGGUGGACGACCUCUCAUCGCCAACACCCAGGAGGCAGCUGCCAGGUGUAUGUCAAACACGUGCGGGGAUGGACAGAAACAGGAUGGUGCGGGGUCUAGCGGCACUAAGCGUAAUGGAAGUGAAAGCGGGUUGGGCAAGGACCACACGGGAGGCAACCUCAACAGUGAUGGAAGCGACAGCGAUUCGGGCACCACUAGCACGAGCAGUGGUGAUAUGAGUAGUGGUGAACCGGGCAGUGGCAACGCCAACAGUGGCAACGCGAACGGUGGUAAUGUGAAUGGUGGCAACGCGAAUGGUGGGCCUAGACAAGGAAACAACGACAACGUGAACCAUUUUAAAAGCCUCGUACAGGAAAGUGCGCCUCCCGCAGACCACCCCAAUGGCAGCGAGCGCGCCGAAGAAUUUACGCCCGAGGACGCGAUAGAAUUCACUAGCAGCGAUGAAAGCGUGGCCAUCAGUGACUCCGACUCGGCGAGCGAUUUGUUUGAAGAGGAAGAUAAUGUGGUGCAAAAGCAGCACGUGGAAGAUAAAGGACAGGGAAGCAAAGACACAAAGGGUACGUACUCCACAGUGACCUACAAACCCAAACACCUCCAAGAUAGCAACACCAAGUUGAAGCACCAGUCCAUCACCAUCCCGCUCAACAGCAACAGCAGCAGCAGUGGUCAAAGCCCGAGUGUAAAAAUUCCCACAGUGUUGAGGAAGCCAUCCCUUAACCCUUCAUCCGGAAACACUGAAAGGUCCACCCCGAAGGUUGUACAUGUAACUAGUGUGAAAAGUACAGCUAAGACAAAAAAUGUGGAGGUAAAAAAUGCAGAACCCACCACUGCACUUCCAACAGAUGACUACGAACAUGUAGUCGUGGCACACAAACCAGAACCCACAAAACACAGACCCCAAGAUAUGAUGAGACUAAGAAAAAGCUUAAACACACAAGGGCUUCUAUACACCAAAUCUAGUAGUAGUACCCUUAAAAAUCCUGCCAUGCGAUUGGCACAAAUUGAAAGCGAAAAAAAAUAUCGCAUGUGUAACAAAGCCAUGAUGGAAUCAAAAGGAUCCACACAUUCUACACAAAACAGCCAAGCAGAUGCGGAGGAAAGCGAAAAUGAAAAAGACGAAGAGGAAGAAUCUGAUUCAAACAAGAUAAACGACACAGAUGCAGUUAAUGACAUGAACGAUUAUAACGAUAUACUAGAAGAUGUACAUGAAGGAGGUUACAGAAUAUAUGAAUUAAUUUUCUUCAAAUUAGUAUCCCUAUCAGCUAACAAAAUGACAUAUGAUGAACUGAAAAGUGUUAAAAAAAAAAAUAUUCAUAAAUUAAUCGGUGCAAAUCUUAAGUCCAAGGUAAUUGGCUCACAUGUAUUCAUGAAACAAAUCACACAAGGUACCAUACUUCCAUUUUUCAAUUAUAUUAAUAUGAAGAAUAAAUUGAAUAAUGUAAAUAAAAAAUUGAAUUAUGCAAAUACUGAUGUGUAUGUGGUUGUUAUGAAAACCACAUUCAAUGAAAAAAUUAAAAGACCACAGGAUGGCUUACUCACAAAAAGUUUACUCUUCAAGCAUAGUGGCGAUUGCAUAUCCUACUGGUCUAUUAAAAAUAAUAAUUACCAUUUCACUUGUGAUAAUAAAGUGAUUGAGACUAAGACCAUUCAGGAAAAGGCUACUGCCUUUUUCUACGAGAGGACAAGGACAGGACAUAUCCACUGGGGAGAUGAGACAGACUAUGAAGGCUUCCAAAAAAUGUUUAACAUUGGUUUAAUUACAUUUAUUAAUAAUAACACAAAGUUUUUUUUCCCUAGGAAUACCUUUCAGGAUUAUCCUGUGUACUUUUUGAUUUACUUUUACUCCGGUAUUCACUUCGAGCCCAGCAUACACAUCACCGUGCACAAUGACCAGGAGGUCUGCCGCUCCUCCUACGACAGCAAUAAUAUUCCGCCCUCCUUCCACUUGGUACCCAAGCAAUAG